AAAAACAUAUUUUUCUGCCCUUUUAAUAUUUCCUUCUCCGGGGCUCUGACUUCCCAUACUAGUCUAUAACCUUCUUGAUCCCCAGCCAAUCCGAAAUGCGCAGAAAGAAGACCCCCCCUCCUAUUUAGGGAACGCUAGACUGCAAUCCCCAGCAUGCCUUGCUCCUUUCCCUCCUUCGCUCUCUGACUGGCGGGGAUGCCUGUUCGAACGCAGGCAAGGCGGGCCAAUGGGAAGCGGCCUAGUGUCCCAGGGCCAGGCUGGAACAAAGCGGUAUUGGCUCAAGCGGUCAGUGUCCUCGCCUGGAGGCCGACGGCAGGAUGACGGUGCCCAGGUGGGAGCGCGUAAUCCGGCUGCUGCUCUGCGCGGCGGGGCUGGCGCUCUCUAUUUACGCCUUGCACGUAGAGACUUCCAAGGAGCGCGACGCCGCCUACCGGGCUAUGUGCGACAUCAGCCCCGAUAUCAGCUGCUCCCGCGUCUUCACCUCCAGGUGGGGUCGUGGUUUUGGCUUGGUGGCAGACCUUCUGGGACCUCACAGCCUCUUCAAUCAGCCAAACAGCAUUUUUGGGAUUAUUUUCUACAUUCUGCAGAUACUUCUGGGUUUCUUUAACCACAACCUGGCAGCCAUUACUCUAGUGGGCUCUUCGUUGGUCUCCAUUGCUGGAUCUCUCUACUUGGCCUACAUCCUUUUUUAUGUGCUCCAUGAUUUCUGUGUGAUUUGCAUCAGCACCUACAUCCUCAACUUUGCCCUCCUGUUUAUAAACUACAAGCGCCUCGGCUACCUCAACCGUCCACCCCAGCCGAAGGCAAAAGCUAAAAGGCACUGAACUCCAGGUCCUUUAGGCCUUGACAACCCCUGGACCUUAUUUUUGAAGAUGACCAAGUAGACUUAGAUCGUUUAGACACCAUCUUCAUCUUUCUGCCCAGGAAGCCAUGUUUUUCAGCACGUCUCUCAUCAUCCUUCAGACUCCAAACAUCUCAGCUACCUGAUUUCUACUACCUGGGUCUAAAAUGGAAGCUACCUUGCAUGGUGCAAACCAAAAUUGAGCUGGUUUGAUUUUACAACUUGUUAAGCGGCAUUUUUCCUUAGCUCUUUUAAAUUGUUUUAUAUGUAUACUCAUUUUGUACAAUUAGAGCAGUGGUUCUCAACCUUUUUAAUGCCGUGACCCCCAACUGGUCGUAAGUCAAGGACUACUCAACUGGUGCAGCACCAUUUGCA